GAUGUAGAGGUCUUCCUGGACCCCCCGCAAAGAUUGAGAGAGCGCGCACGAGCGAGCGAGGGCCGGAAGCGGGCCCCGGGCCUCCUGCCACCAUGUCCGGAUCGGCCCAGCCCGUGACGCAGACCUGGAGAUCCUCGGAGCCCCGCUACCCUCCCCAUGCCAUCUCUUACCCAGUGCAGAUCGCCCGGCCACACUCAGACGUGGGCCUCCUGGAGUACCAGCACCACCCGCGGGAGUACAGCCCCCACCUGUCUCCCGGAGCCAUCAUCCAGCCCCAGAGGAGGCGGCCGUCCCUGCUGUCCGAGUUCCAGCCCGGGAAUGAGAGGUCCCAGGACUUGCACCUGCGGCCCGAGGCUCAUUCCUACCUGCCUGACCUGAGCAAAUCUGAGAUUGAAUUCAUCGAGACGAAGCGGCCUCGGCUGGAGCUGCUCCAGGAGCCGCUGCUUCGGCCCUCGCCUAUGCUGGCCCCACACGGGGGGACGGAAGACCUGUCCAAGGCGAGGGCUUGGCCGCCUUCUUCAGGCCCUUCGCCUCUGGGCGAGGGGGCAGCCCACGGGGGUGGGCACGGCCCGGCGUUGCUGCUUCGUCUCUCCAAGGCUGAGGGCCCCCUCCUGGCGGACACAAAGGGCCUUGGCCCCGCGGAGCAGCGGCGCGGGGGUGGCAUCAGGAUUGGUGAUCGUCCCGAUGGUCGCUGUGGGUGCCUGAGGGCGGCAGAAUCCUGGAAGCGGCAGCCGAAGCUAGCGGGAGCCAGAAUGCUGUGCCUAGAGCCCCGCCGGGUGGGGGACCGGACUUCGGGGCCCGUCGCUUCGUCCGCCGGCCGAUACCCUCUGAGCUCGGGCCCAUCCGGAACCCCGAAGGGAGGCAGCCCAUCUCCCAUGUGGAGGCCCUCUUCGGGCAGCCCCGUCCCAGAGCCCCACCCUGGCACCCGCUGUGCCCUCCUCGUGGCACGCUCUGUCCUUUUUUCCUCUGCUCCUAGCACAGUCCGCGUCCCAUUGGGAGUGCUUGCUUGGGAUCGUGUGCGCGGCAAGUGCUUCAUCGAUGCUCGUGGAAUUGAACAGAAUUACUUGUGGAUGGGAAAAGUCUGUGGCGGAGGAGCUGUGAGAAAACUGCCAUACUCACACAUUGUUGGUGGAGCUGUGAAUCCGCAACAGCUCGAAGAGGAAGCCGCCAAGCCCCCGGAGCCCGAGAAGCCCGUGUCUCCUCCGCCCAUCGAGUCCAAGCACCGCAGCCUGGUCCAGAUCAUCUACGAUGAGAACCGCAAGAAAGCCGAAGCCGCGCACAGGAUCCUGGAAGGUCUAGGCCCCCAAGUGGAGCUGCCGCUGUACAACCAGCCCUCGGACACCAGGCAGUAUCAUGAGAACAUUAAAAUAGCGGCCAUUUCCUCCCUCCUGGCCGGCGGGGACGGGGAUGGACGGGACCUGCUGUGGGUCCUGUCCAGGGUGUGGACGAGUCCUGGUGGCCGGGAGGAGAGGCCGCUGCAGCAGGGAUUUCUGGGCGAUCCCUUCUCUGUCGUGGAGGCCGCCAGUUGGAAGGCCGGAAGCCCCGGGUUCAAGCCCUGUGCUAGCCACGUGACCUCGGGAGCCGCGGCCGAGCUGGUCCACGUGCCGGGCCUCCCUGUGCUUGAGAGCUCCGUGGGUGCCCGGCGUGGGCGGGAUGGAGGAGAAGAGGGGCGCUCAUCGCCGAGGCUCUGCACCCCGGCCCGGGCCCGGCCUCGUGCUGGCCACACGGCCCUCCUCUUCUGCCUGAGGGCCCUUGGACGCCCGAAGGGGACACGAGCCAGACUUCCCUCUGCCCUGCCCUCCUCCGGGAGUCGGAGGCACUUGUUGGGGGAGGGCUGCCUCCUCUUCAUGCCCACCCCGUGGGGCCCUCCCCUGCCCCAGGACACGUCGCCAGGACGAUGCCUGUGGAGUGUGUCCGGAGGCAUCCCUCUGCUGCGGGGGCCGGCCUGGGUGCCCACGCCUCGAUUCUCAGCUUGUCCUGUGGGCCCCUUCCUGGGCCUGGUGGUGGAGGCCACGGCCGGCCACCAUUUGCUCUCUGUGAUCCCGGGCGGCCCUCUAGGCCCCGAGCAGAGAGACAGAGCAGUGCCGAGCCUGUGCCGGGCUGUGGAGGGCUCCGAGGCCUGUGUGAGCCAGCCGGGCCGCAAGGCGCAGAAGCCCCUGCCGCCCUCCUGCCCCGAUUCGCUCCGUGUGCUCUUGGCCGAUGGGCCUCCUUUCCCGGAGCUGGUGGCUUUUCUCUUCCAGGAUGUGGGUGUUGCUACUCAUGAUUUCUUCUUGCAGGAGGCAGUGGAAAAGUGGCUUCUGAUGCUGUUUGCUGCCCUCUGGGUGGUCAGGCCCGAGAUGGGCGAUGGAGGGGAUGCUCCACCCCAGGGAAAGUCCCUGAGCCGGGCCCUGCGAUGCUCCCCGGAGCCUCUUUCUUCGGAGCAGAAGUUCUGCCAGCGCUACGACCAGCUGAUGGAGGCCUGGGAGAAGAAGGUGGAGCGCAUCGAGAACAACCCGCGGCGGCGCGCCAAGGAGAGCAAAGUGCGCGAGUACUACGAGAAGCAGUUCCCCGAGAUCCGGAAGCAAAGGGAGCUGCAGGAGCGCAUGCAGAGCAGGGUAGGACAGAGGGGCAGCGGCCUGUCCAUGUCCGCGGCCCGCAGCGAGCACGAGGUGUCCGAGAUCAUCGACGGGCUCUCCGAGCAGGAGAACCUGGAGAAGCAGAUGCGGCAGCUGGCCGUGAUCCCCCCGAUGCUGUACGACGCCGACCAGCAGCGCAUCAAGUUCAUCAACAUGAACGGGCUCAUGGACGACCCCAUGAAGGUGUACAAGGACCGGCAGGUGAUGAACAUGUGGAGCGAGCAGGAGAAGGACACCUUCCGGGAGAAGUUCAUGCAGCACCCCAAGAACUUUGGCCUCAUCGCCUCCUUCCUUGAGAGAAAGACCGUGGCCGAGUGCGUCCUCUACUACUACCUGACCAAGAAGAACGAGAACUACAAGAGCCUGGUGAGGCGCAGCUACCGGCGCCGGGGCAAGAGCCAGCAGCAGCAACAGCAGCAGCAGCAACAGCAGCAGCAGCAGCAGAUGCCCCGAGGCAACCAGGAGGAGAAGGAGGAGAAGGAGAAAGAGAAGGAGACAGAGAAGGAAGAGGACAAACCUGAGGCUGAAAAUGACAAAGAAGAGCUGACCAAGGAGAAGACGGAUGACACCUCCGGGGAGGACAAUGAUGAAAAGGAAGCGGUCACUUCCAAAGGGCGGAAAACCGCCAAUAGCCAGGGCCGGCGCAAGGGCCGCAUCACCCGCUCCAUGGCCAAUGAGGCCAACAGUGAGGAGGCAGCAACGCCCCAGCAGAGUGCAGAGCUCGCUUCCUUGGAAAUGAAUGAAAGUUCUCGCUGGACUGAGGAAGAGAUGGAUACAGCCAAAAAAGGUCUCCUGGAACAUGGGAGGAACUGGUCAGCCAUUGCCAGGAUGGUGGGGUCCAAGACAGUGUCCCAGUGUAAAAACUUCUACUUUAACUACAAGAAGAGGCAGAAUUUGGAUGAAAUCCUUCAGCAGCACAAGCUAAAAAUGGAGAAGGAGAGAAAUGCGCGACGGAAGAAGAAGAAAACGGCGGCCGUGCCCAGCGAGGAGGCCGCCUUCCCUCCCGUGGUGGAGGACGAGGAGAUGGAGGUGUCGGGGAUGAGCGGCAACGAGGAAGAGAUGGCGGAGGAGGCGGAUGCCGCAGUCAACAACAGCUCUGACACGGAGAGCAUCCCUUCUCCGAGGGCCGAGGCCAAAGAGAGCAGCCAGAAUGGGCCCAAGGCGGCGCCGGCCCAGGGCGCAGAGGCAGGCCCAGUGGCAGAGCCCCCCUCCAAGACGGAGGAAGCUGCCCCCGGCACCCCGGCCCCUGCAGACCCCUCUGCUCCCUCCAUGCCCCCCGCCGACCCUCCGGCCCCUGCCACACCCAGCCCCGCAGCAGCCCCCGCGGCCCAGGUGACGGCGGCCCCCGAAGAGCCCGGCACGGACCCCGGAGAGGAGGAGAAGCCCCCCGAGGAGCUGGUGGUUGAUGUGGUAAAGACAGAAGAGGAGGAGGAGGAGGGGUCAACCGAGAUGCCAGGGGAGGAGGCUGUGAAGAAGGAGAUAAAGAAGGAGGCCGAGGAGGAGGCUGCAGACAAGGCCAAGGCUGGAGAGAAGAAAGAGGAGGCCGGUGCAGGCGGCGGGGCUGGGCCUGCAGGGGCAGCAGCGGCCGGGGCUGAGGGGGCACUCAAAGUCGAGAAGAAGGAAGGGGGCAAGGCGGCCAAGGGCUCGGGGGCCAACCCGGACAGCGACUCCAGUGCCACCUGCAGUGCCGACGAAGUGGACGAACAGGAAGCCGUGGACAAGAACAGGCUCCUGUCCCCUCGGCCCAGCCUCCUAAAUGCCGCCUCUGACGCCAGGGCCAACCCUUCGCCUCAGAAACCCCUGGACCUCAAACAGCUGAAGCAGCGAGCGGCCGCCAUCCCUCCCAUCCAGGUCACCAAAGUCCAUGACCCUCCCCGGGACGAUGUGCCCCCGGGAAAGCCGGCACCUCAGUCUCAGCAUCAUUUGCAGCCAGACGGUGAACCUCCCCAGCCAAGCAGCAGCCCCCGGGGCCAGAGCAGGAGCCCUGCCCCUGCUUCUGAGUCUGCUUCUGAAAAGCCGGUGUAUUUCCCCUCCUUCUCAGAGGGCCAGAAGCUGAGCGGGGAGCCCGGCCCGUGCUGGCCGCCAUCCCUCUCUUUCCCGGUGCCUUCUCGAGAAGUGAUUAAGAGCUCCCCGCAGCUGGAGCCCCCCACCUUCCAGUACAACCCACCAAGCCACCCGAUCUCCCUAAACCUGCACGACGGGGCCAGGGCCAGCCUGCAGAGGGUGCCCGGCAUCUCCAACCCGCCCCCCCUCAUCUCUUCUACCAAGCACCCCGUUGUCCUGGAGAGGCCCGUGAGCUCACAGGGAGUUCCAAUCCAGCUCCAUACACCAUACUCGGAGCAUGCCAAGGCUCCUGUGGGCUCCAUCACCAUGGGCCUGCCAUUGACCAUGGACCCGAAAAAACUGGUGCCUUUCCCUGGAGUGAAGCAGGAGCAGCUCUCCCCGAGGAGCCAGGCCAGCCAGCCUGAGACCCUGGGGAUGCCAGUGGCCCAGGAAACAUCAGUGCUCAGAGGAACAAGCCUGGGCUCCACUGCGGGAGGAAGUAUCACCAAAGGCAUCCCCAGCAGCCGGCCUCCCUCGGAAAGCCCCAUCACCUACCGAGGCUCCAUUACGCAUGGCACCCCGGCUGACGUCCUUUACAAAGGAACCAUCACCAGGAUCAUCGGAGAGGAGAGCCCCAGCCGCGCGGACAAGGGCCGAGAGGACGGGCUGCCCAAGGGGCACGUCAUCUACGAAGGCAAGAAGGGCCACGUCCUCUCCUACGACGGCGGGAUGUCUGUGUCUCCAUGCUCUAAGGAGGAUGGAAGAAAUAGUUCUGCGGCGACCCAUGAGACAUCUGCCUCCAAGCGCACUUAUGACAUGAUGGAAGGACGAAUUGGCCGGGGGCUGUCAAGCCGUGACCUCUCCACGGGCAUUGAAGGUCUCAUGGGCCGAGCGAUCCCCCCUGACCGGCACAGCCCCCACCACCUGAAGGAGCAACACCACAGCCGGGGCUCCAUCACACAAGGCAUACCUCGGUCCUACGUGGAGGCCCAGGAGGACUACCUGCGGCGGGAGGCCAAGCACCUGAAGAGGGAGAACACCCCGCCUCGGGACCUGCCUGACCCGUACAAGGUGAGGCCCCUGGAGGGCCUGACCCCGCUGAAGAUGAAGGGCCACGAGGGCCUGGUGGCCACCGUCAAAGAGGCGGGCCGCUCCAUCCACGAGAUCCCCCGGGAGGAGCUCCGACACACGCCCGACCUGCCUGGGCCCCCUCGGCCCCUGAAGGAAGGCUCCAUCACCCAGGGCACUCCUCUGAAGUACGACAGCGGCAGCUCGUCAGGCGGCUCCAAAAAGCACGACGUGCGCUCCAUCAUCGGCAGCCCCGGCAGGACCUUCCACCCUGUGCACCCCCUCGACGUGAUUCAGGAUCCCCGGGCCCUGGACCGCUGCUACGAGGAGACGCUCAAGAGCCGGCCCAGCUCCGUCACCAGCGCCGGGGGCUCCAUCACCCGAGGGGCGCCCGUGAUCGUGCCCGAUCUGGGGAAGCCCCGCCAGAGCCCCCUGGCUUACGAGGACCACACGACGGCUUUUGGCAGCCACCUGCCCCGGGGCUCCCCCGUGUCUACCCGGGAGUCCACCCCCCGGCAGCAGGAGGGAGGCCUCCCCUCCAGCAAGGGCUCCCAGGAGAGGAAGAUCUCGGCGGCCUCUCGGGACAUCGCCAGCUCCAAGUCCCCGCACACCGCCGUGCCCGACCACCACCCGCACCCCAUGUCUCCCUACGAGCACUUACUCCGAGGCGUGAGCAGCGUGGACUUGUACAGGGGGCACAUCCCGCUGGCCUUCGACCCCACUUCCAUCCCCCGGGGGAUCCCCCUGGAUGCAGCCACCGCCGCUUACUACCUGCCCCGGCACCUGGCCCCAAACCCCACCUACCCUCACCUGUACCCCCCGUACCUCAUUCGCGGCUACCCGGACACCACGGCCAUGGAGAACCGGCAGACCAUCAUCAACGACUACAUCACGUCCCAGCAGAUGCACCACAACGCCGCCGCCGCCACCGCCAUGGCCCAGAGGGCGGACAUCAUCCGCAGGGAGUCCUCUCUGGCCCUCAACUAUGCAGCCGGACCCCGGGGCAUCAUCGACCUGUCCCAAGUGCCGCACCUGCCAGUGCUGGUGCCCCCCACGCCGGGCACCUCGGCCACGUCCAUCGACCGCAUCACGUACAUCCCCAGCGCCCCCCAGCCCUUCAGCAGCAGGCCCAGCCCCUCGCCGCUGUCUCCAGGAGGCCCCUCACACAUCGCCAAGCCGACGGGGACGUCUUCCUCGGAGAGGGAGCGAGAGCGGGAGCGAGAUCGAGAGCGUGACCGGGAGAAGUCCGUUCUCACGUCCACCACGACGGUGGAGCACGCCCCCAUCUGGAGGCCAGGUACGGAGCCGAGCAGCGGCAAUGGCGGCAGCGGCGGCGGCGGCGGCGGCAGCCGGCCAUCCUCCCAUUCUCACAGCCAUCAGCACUCGCCCAUUUCUCCGCGGACCCAGGAGAACGUCCAGCAGAGACCCAGCGUGCUGCACAACACGGGCAUGAAGGGCAUCAUCUCCUCCGUGGAGAGCCUCACCCCCUCCGUCCUACGGUCAUCCUCCUCCUCGGCCACCUCACCCGUACGCUCGGCCGGCUUCCCUCCUGCCCCACACUGCUCCCUGGGCUCCAUGGACGGGAGCUACCCCACCAUCAUCGACCCCACCGUCCUCCAGAAGGAGGCCUCCCGGGCCCCACGGUCGGAGCGCCCCCGCCUAGAGAACAACCCCUUCCUGCCCAAGCACCCGGGCCGGGCCGGACUCGAGCCGCCGCCGUCCCCCAGCAAAGCCACAGAGCCGAGGUCCCUGGGGUCGUCCGGCCCGGGCUCGGGCUCUAGCUCGGGCCACUCGUCCGGCCGCGGGCUGGGGAAGGGCCACGCGGCCCACCCUCUGCUCGAGUCCCAGGCUCCACACCCGGCCUCGGCCAGCGAGCAACACCGAGACAAAACUCCAGGCAAAGCGUCGUUCACCGUGCAGGACCUGGACCUCCGCGCGCUGGGUUCCUUGAAGUUGUCUGAGACCCCCCACGUGCGGCAGCCCCCAGAGAGCCAACAGUCCCCCGGGCAGCCGAUGUCGUCUUCUGUGGUCAAGGGGCACCAGCGGGUCGUCACUCUGGCCCAGCACAUCAGCGAGGUGAUCACCCAAGACUACACCCGCCACCACCCACAGCAACUCAACUCCCACCUCCCGGCCCCACUCUACUCCUUUCCCGGGGCCAGUUGCCCUGUGCUGGACUUACGCCGGACGCCCAGCGAGGUCUACCUCCCCCAGCCGGACCAUGGUGCCGCCUCCCGCAUCUCCCCACAGAGCGAAGGAGGCAAGAGGUCUCCGGAGCAGGGCAAAGCCUCUGCCCUGGGCAGCUCAGAAGAUUGCAUUGAGCCAGUAUCCCCACCAGAGGGCAUGGGGGAGUCUGAGCACGGCCGAAGUGCCCCUUACCCGAUGCUGUACCGAGAGGGGGAACAGGCAGAGCCCAGGAUGGGAUCCAAGUCUCCAGGGAACAACAGCCAGCCCCCCGCCUUCUUCAGCAAAUUGACCGAGAGCAACUCCGCCAUGGUGAAAUCCAAGAAGCAGGAGAUCAACAAGAAGCUGGGUACCAACAGCCGCAACGAGCCCGAGUACAAUAUCGGCCAGCCUGGGACGGAGAUCUUCAACAUGCCGGCCAUCACCGGAGCAGGCCUUAUGACUUGUAGAAGCCAGUCGGUUCAGGAGCACGCGAGCCCCAACAUGGGGUUGGAAGCAAUUAUUAGGCGGGCCCUAAUGGGAGGUGGAGGGAAACCAAAGGUUUCUAGCCGGCCCAACAGAAGCAAGGCCAAGUCCCCGGCUCCGGGGCUGUCCUCGGGGGAGCGGCCAGCCUCGGUCUCCUCUGUCCACUCAGAAGGCGACUGUAACCGCAGGACCCCGCUCACCAACCGCGUGUGGGAAGACCGACCCUCGUCGGCAGGUUCCACGCCGUUCCCCUACAACCCGCUCAUCAUGAGGCUCCCCACGAACGUGAUCACUCCGCCCCCCACAGCCAUUCCACAAGGCGGCUCGAGCGGGCAGCACCACGCGUGGGACGAGGAGCCCAAGCCCCUGCUCUGCUCCCAGUACGAGACCCUCUCGGACAGCGAGUGAGGAGGGGGCCGCGGGGCGACGGGGCACGAAGCCGCCCGGCCCCUCCCCCCAGCCCAGAGACCCCCUCCACAGCCCCGAGGGUCCAGGAGGAGCCCCAGAGCCGUCCGCGUCUGCCCAUCUGGAAGUCACGUGUCCUCUUCGGCCCAAAGCCUUAACAAACCCCCUUGCCGUGAGGGCAGAACCCCAGCUGGCAGGAGAGGCUCCCCCGCUCCAGCGCCGCGCCCGAAGCCCCGGGGAGAGGGCCCGCGGCUCCCCCUCUGCCUCCCUGCCGGGCUCACGGCCUCUGGGGGGCCCCGACGGGAUCGCCUUUCUCAGGGGAACAUCACCACCUGGUGCUCCGCGUGCGGCCGGAGGAGCGGGGAAGGCCUCGAAGCCGUGCGUGCUCGGCGGGCAGGCUGGGAGGAGGGGACGGCGUGGGACGGACGCCGGGAGCCGGCGCCGGAAGCGGGGUGCCCGCCGGCACCGCGGCUCCCCCUCCCCUCCCGUCCCCGACGCUUCCCCCCGUCUGGGACAAGACGCGGCUCCGCUCCUCCGUGCGGCACUUAGAACCAAAGUCAGUCCCUGUCAGCAGCUCCUGGACUCGCCAGAGCCCGCCUGGAGGCCCGUCUGGAGGCCCGUCUGGAGGCCCCGGCAGCGGCCUCUGGGGCCCGGGUCGGCCUUCCCGCUCUCCCCCUGGAUUGGACAAGGAUCGCCUUCUCUAGUCAGCUCAGCCUCGGGACACUCAUUGCCAAAACGCAGGCCUGGGAAGAGAGUGUCGGCCGCGGGGGCAGCCGGACGCCCGUCUGUCCGUCCCCCGCCCCAGAGGAUAGGAACGAGUAGACUGAUUUUCGGACAUCGUUGCUGAAACGGUGGGAAGGAAAGGCAGUUGUAAAUGAUGUAUUGGUCUACAGGGUAUAUUUUUGAUACCUUCAGUGAAUUAUUUCAGAUGUUUUACGUGAGGAAUGACUAAACAGUAUUACAGGCUGCUUUCGGUCUCUGCUUUUACUGCAAAAAAAAAAAAAAAAAAAAAAAGGAAAAAAAAGGCGUGUGCAGGCUUCCCCCAUCGGCCCCCGAGUGGCAUUUCCACAGGCAAGUCGCCCCCCUCCCCCUCCCUCAGAAGGCGCUUACUCGGAGGCAGGCCCGGGCUCGUCCGUCACGGGUGACUGCCUCGGACUUCCCGAGUGUCCAGGGAGCUGCCCACGUGGGGAGGGGCUUGUUCUGGGGCAGGGGGUUCCCCCGACAUCCACAAGACACGUGAACCGGUUCUGUUGUAUUUCCAUGUGUGAUGGCAUCUUUUUUUUACAUUUUUUUCAUUCCAUAAUAUAUCAGACGUUGGAUCAUAUCCACCAGUUAA